AUGCAAUUCGGUGAUGAUGCUAUGAAAAUUCGGAGGUGGACAAAAACCUUCAAACCAGAAGCUGAAACUACACUUGCUCCUGUUUGGAUUACCCUGCCAGAAUUACCAUGGCACUACUAUGAGUGGGCCGCUUUGUGCAGGAUAGUGGAACCAGUAGGCUUGCCUCUGUCCAUGGAUAAAGCUACAAUAUCGAAGUCAAGACCUACUACUGCUAAGGUAAGGGUAGAGAUUGACCUGGCUAAGCCUCUAGUAAAUGAGAUUCUUGUUGAAAUCAGAACGAAGGAUGGUACCGUGGAGUCAAUUAGGCAGAGGGUGGAGGUGCAGCAUCCAGAGUUGAGGAAAUGGGAUUCUACAACUAUUAAUCAUGAGGCAGGGAAAUCCAAUUUCUUUAAGGGCUCGGGGUCUAGUCAACAUAGCAGAAAUGUCAGAGAACCAGCGCCAAUGCAAGUUGAUAUUUCUAAAAAUCAUGUGGCUUCUCUUGAGGUGCCAGCUACUAAGGCCUCCCAGGAGGUAGUUGAGCUGAGUGCUGGUUCAAGAGGGCAGUUAAAUGGGGAAGAAGGGUGGCAGAAGGUCACAAAGAGAAAUGGCAGAGUAUCCAACAAUAACAGAAGAAAUGUGGGCUGGAAGAAAAGAUUUGCCAAUACUAUAAGCAUUCCUGAUGGGGUCAGAUUGGAGAAUGAACCUAAUAUUGGUUCCCCAAUUGUAAGUCCAGAAAGAAUGUUUGGAUUAGAUCCAGAGCUCUCGGCUAGGAUUGCUGCAAAUAAGACUAAGGAGAAGGAGUUAGAAGUCCUUGAUGUGGAUCAUGUAUUUCAUGAAGUCCCUACUACAGAAUGUACAGUGAAUACACAUGCUGAUCAUCUUGAUCAGUGUGAUCAAAAUGGAUUGCCAGAAGAUCCUGUGGGAAGUGAAUAUGUUGUGGAGGUUAUUGAAGACAAAGAACAACAGAUGCUUUUGCAUAUUUCCAUUCUUUCAAGAACGACACCCCUGUUUCGCACUGUUGUCUAUGCAAAGUGUGAUGAGUCCAUGAGAGAGGAGCUUUGGGAGGAGCUGCGAUCUACUGCUAACAGAAUUUCUGGUCCUUGGGGUGUGAGAUCCUCCAAAUACUAUUUGGGAGAGUUAGAUAGAUUGGUGUAUAAUGCUGAAUGGUUUGAUGCUCUUGGGAACACAAUCGUCACACAUCUAUCGGGAUCAUGUUCUGAUCAUGCUCCAUUAUUGAUCAAGGCUCUUUCAACUGAUUCUGAAUAUGUGAAAUAUUUUAAAUUUCUCAACAUUUGGGUGGAUCAUGAGGAAUAUUUGGAGAAAGUCCAGCAGGCAUGGUCAAAAGAUUUUGUAGGCAACCCCUUAUAUGUCCUCCACCAGAAGAUAAAAAAGGUAAUCUCUACCUUAAGCGCCUGGUCUAGCCAGGCUUUUGGUGAUAUCUAUGAAGAGCCAAAAAGACUUAAAGUUCUCAUUAGCAGCUUGGAGGAAACUAUGCUGAAUAAUCCAUCUCCUGAAGCAAGAAUGGCCUUAUCUAAGGCAAGAGCAGAAUUUACUAGGUUCCUGAAGUUGCAGGACUCUAUAUUGAGGAAAAAGGCUAUGGUAAAAUGGUUGACUGAUGGUGAUGCUAACACAGUUUUCUUCCAUGCCGUGAUUAAAGAUAAAAGAAUAAAGUUAAAUAUUCAGAGAAUCCGAGAUGAGAGUGGCAACACUAUGGAAGGUACUGAAGAGGUAGCAGGAGCAGCAGUCGAUGUUUUUCAAAACUUAUUCAGUGCGGGAACUACCAUACAAGACUCUAGUGUUCUAGAGGUGUGCCCCGGGCCAGACAGGCUCACAGACAGAUUCUAUCAAAGUGCAUGGCCUAUUAUUGCUAUGGAUGUCCUUAAUGUUGUAGUUGCCUUCUUUAAUGGUGCUCAACUGCCAAAGUUUUUCACUCACACAUUCCUAGUGAUGCUUCCAAAAGUGGAAUCUCCUCAAACUUUCUCUGAUAUUAGGCCAAUUAGUUUGUGUAACGUGUCUAGCAAAAUUAUUGCCAAGCUGUUGAAUGCUAGGCUAAGCUCAGUAUUUCCCAGAAUCAUCUCACACAACCAGAGUGGUUUUGUUAAAGAGAGUGCCAUUACAGAAAAUAUUCUGUUGGCUUAG